AUGUCAUCGAGCCGCCUUGUUGCAAUAGAUGAAUCUCCAUCCAUGGUGCAUCCUUCCGUCCCCUCCGGAUCGAUCCUCAAUACGCUUGAUGAUCGAGGGCUUUUGAAGGACGUGACGUCUUCGAACGUAUGGCAGCACCUUGGUGAUCCCGAAAGGAAUCCAAGGACAAUCUACUGUGGUGUAGAUCCGACUGCAGCCAGCCUGCACAUCGGCAACCUCUUACCGCUCCUAGCGCUCUGGCAUGCUAGAAAGGUUGGGCACAGGGUCAUAGUCGUUGUGAGUAAUUCCGGCCAAGGACUCGUAUAAAACGGAGGUGUUCCCUCACAUCCGCUUACCGCCUUUCAUUGCAUCGGGCGAUAGAUCGGAGGAGCGACGGGCAUGAUAGGUGACCCGUCGGGCAGGUCAAGCGAGCGAAAUUCUCUAGAAGCUUCGCUGGUUGAAUCGAACGUGCAGCGCAUCACGGCCCAGGUACGAUCCACGUUCCAGACGAUGGACGUUUGGGCAGAGAAGCUUGGUCUGGGACGAUCAAGGGGAGAGUUGUUAAUCAAGAACAAUCGAGAGUGGUACGAAGGGAUGGGCAUCCUGGACUUUCUCAGGGUCGUAGGCAAAUACGCCAGGAUCAGUAAGAUGAUGGCACGAGACAGGUGAGUGGUCAUGUGCGGCUUGGUCAAGUCAAAGAUCUGACCUAUUGUGAAUCAGCGAGAUGCUGACACCCUUCUGCUCCCAAAGCGUAAAGAACCGAUUGACGCCAGAAGCAGAUGCAGACGAUGCGGUUGGGCUCUCAUUUACAGAGUUCAGUUACCAGCUUCUUCAGGCAUAUGACUUCCACGUGCUUCAGCAGAGGGAAGGAUGCACUGUGCAGAUUGGUGGCUCGGAUCAGUACGGGAACAUUAUGGCAGGUGUGGAGCUCAUCUUGCGGAUGAGAUCUCAAUCGCUCGAAUCCGCUGCGCAAGUUGACGCUGCUUCGUCAGAAAUGCCCGUUCCUACUGUGGCGCCCGCGUAUGGAAUCACAGUACCGCUAUUGACCACUGCGGACGGAUCCAAGUUUGGGAAGAGUGCCGGAAACGCGAUCUGGUUGGAUGCGCAGCUGACGAAGGAUCUGGAUCUGCACACUCAUUUCAUGAAGUCGGCGGAUGAAGAUGUGGCAAAGUACCUCCAUGCUUUGACUCUCUUACCUACAUUGGAAAUUCAGUCCUUAGUACAGAGACACAAGGGGAUGCCGCAAAGGGGCGAAGCGCAGCAGACUUUGGCGACUCAAAUGCUAGGUCAACUUAGAGGCGAAGAUUCCAUCAAACGUACCAAGCGUCAAGCAAAAGUACUGUACAAGACUUCAGUGGCAGACAUAGACGUAGCGGAAGCCCUCGAGCUCUUCCAGGACGAUCCUAGGUUGAUCAGGACUACCGUGGGAGAAUUUACCAGCAUGAGUGUAGCUAGAAUGGCUCACGAGUAUGGCUUGGCAAAGUCGGGUUGUGAGUGAUGCACUGCCCGUCCCGGAUGCUCCAGAUGGCCAGGUUCAUACUAAUUGAUUGUUUCGCUUUUUGUUGGCAGCGGAGGCGAGGAAAAAGAUGAGCAAGGGUGCGCUCUGGAUUAAUGGCGAGAAGCUCGAUGAUCCUAGGCUUUCUCUCAAGCUCAAACAUCUCGCUCCGCAGCGAGACGGAAAGACCCAUCUCGCGCUGGUUAGCGUGGGAAAGCAGAAAAAGGUCAUCGUCGUGGCUACGAAGGGAGAUGCAAGCGCGCAGGAGAUAUCAGGGUUCGAGUAG